AUGAAGCUUUCUAUAGUUUUUUCACCAGUAGUUCUUUUACUCGCUCCAUUCAUUCUCGUUGUGAUGGCGUCAUUUACCACAGUCGCUGUUGUCACUUCUGCAUUAGCUAUAAUAGUCCUGUGGGUACGACUAGGUUUUCUCAUCGCGGAAUUCUCGGGUGGUGUUGUAAUGGACAUUGCUAGUUGGGGAAUGAGAAAAUGGGUUAAAGUAGAAGACGAGACCAAAGUCAAAGUCUCUAAAAUCAAAGUCGUUGAUAAAAAAAGAAACUCGAAGGAUUACAGCUCAUAUCAUCAACAAAAGCAACAUUCUUAUUUAAAGAAACAACAACAGCAACAGCGUAAACAGAAGGGAAUGUAUCCAAUUGCUACCACAAAAGUUAACAAGCUUUCUGUGGAUUUCGAUGAAAAAACUCUCUUAAAAGAACGCGACAACUACGAGUUACAUAAUGGCGAGUUUUAUACGAAACGUCCACAAGGAAGAAGAGCGAAAAGCCUCGCAAACUCGAAGGAGGGAGUGAUCGCACUAGAUCCAGGCAUGCGAACGCUUGAUCUGAGCGGACAAGCCAUGGAAUGGGCAAAGGUGAUAUCGGCAAAAUUUAUCGGCUUUGCCAUGCGUCCAGGAGAAGAAGACUGUCACCGCGCACUUCCGAUUUCGUCAGCAACUUCUGCGGAAAAAGUUUCGUUUUUGAUCUCCAAGUAG